AUGAGUUGGCGAGGCAUUUUAGCACUGGGAACCAAAUAUCUUAGAAGGCUUCAAAAAUUUCCGGUGGUAUUUCUCAAACAACCCAGAUUAUACUUGUUACCAAGGUAUUCUGUCCAGUAUCCUCGUGCCCAUCCAAACAUUUCACGUCUAUCUAAAUAUUUUGGCCAUUAUACUCAAAGAAACACACUGGUUAGAGCAAUAUACAGAACGCUAGUUAAUAGCAGUACCCAACAACGACCUAAUUCAUUACUAAGAGCCUACAGAGGAUUCGCUGGAUCUGUUCAGUUAAGGCAUUACUUGCACAGUCGAUCUGACAACUCUUUCCGUCCAAUCAAUGAAGUUUGUAAACCUAAACAUGAAUCUUGGUUUUCAAAUCUCUUUGGAACAAAUAAAUAUCAAGUAUUGCCUAGUUUGGCUACAAAUUCUGCUGAGUCAAUAGUUCCAAAAGAAUUUAUUGCUUCAGGAUGCAAUAGCGCUGUAUGGGCUGCAGAAGUUCGUCAACAAAAACAACAAAAUAAUAGUGAAUCUGCCGACAGAUUAGCUGUUAAAGUACUAUAUAACUACUACGCGAAUUCGUCGUAUGAUGGACCUACAAACACGGAGAGUGAUAGUGAUAAUAAUAACAAUGCAUUGAAGGAUAUACCUGAAAGUUGGAUAUUACUUCAUCGUCAAAUUCAACGAGAAUGUGAACUUCGUCCUCAAACCAAUCAUCCUAAUAUUGUACCCUUAGUUGGACAUUUUAUCGACCGUGCACCUCAAAAUACUUCAUCAGCUAAUUGUACAUCAGUUGACAAGACUCCUGAAAGUUAUACUUGUACAACUAGUCAUGGUAAAUCUUGCAUCAUAUCAUCUGAUAAGGUUUAUCAACCCGUUAAUAAUAGUGUACAUUCAUCUUGUAUGCGAUCUCAGUGUUGGCCAGGUGCAGAAUCAUUUUCUGAAGGGUUUGGCGGUCAACCGUAUACAUUCUACAUGUUAAUGCCAAGAUUUGAAGCAACAUUGGAUGAUAUUUUACGAGGGAAUAUAAAGUUUGACUUGCAGAAUUUAUUCACUGAAAUUGAUCAUGAUAGAAUCAAAGGAUCUGUACAGAGUACAUGCGGAGAUAAUACUGCAAUGCAUAUAAGUCUUGAGCAUCAUGAACCAAGGACUCUCGACUUAUCGACUCCUAAAUCAGCCGAUGCUGAUUUACGUUCUUCAGUAUUUGACUCGAAUUUAUCAAGUGUCACAUUUAUCAAACAUGGUAAAAUGCAUCUUCCGCUUGAUGAUGUUGUGGCUAUUCUAGCUCAAUUAUUCGAAGCAGUCGCUGAGCUGGAAGCUCAUGGUAUUGCUCAUAGAGAUAUUAAACCUAAUAAUAUACUGAUACGUCGACGUGUUCUACCUGAAGGCGUUCGUAUUUCUGGUAUGAAAUCUACAAGCAAUUCUGUACUUAAUUCUACUUCAAAUCCACCUCUGACUUGGUUGAAUGGUAGGGAAGUGGAAUUGACUAAUUCAUAUUUCCAUGUGGCGUUAACUGACUUUGGCUGUGCUGUUCGUACAGGCCAGUCUAGUCAGGUCUCAUCAAUAGCAUCUCAACAUCAAUGGCGGUUUAAAAAUAUCCUUACCGAUUUUGUUGGUGUUAGUCUUGAGAACAAUGAAUAUCUUAAUCACAGAUUAUGCGCGAUCAGAUAUAUGGGCAGCUGCAACAUAAUUUAUCCUUUGUUUGGAAUGUCUAACCCAUUUGUUGAUGGGACACUUUCUUCUGCCGACUAUACGGAAAGUUCUUUACCUCAACUUCCUCCUGAGUCUCCGAAAAUUAUGACAUGGAUUCUACAUAAAUGUCUUAAACGUGAUCCCUUCGAAAGACCCAAAGCUGAUGAGAUUGCUGAUAUUCUGCAUACUUGGUGUCUGAUUAGACAUUUGCAUCGUAGACAAAAAACUGGUGUAUUCAAAGACUUAUUCCAACCUCAGAUAAAUGGAAUAAUUGCAGAUAUAGAAAAUAUCAACAGCUUUAAUCAGUCUUAA